CGAUGAUGCUAUGGCAUUGAAUGCUGAUAGCAGCGCUACGAUCAUCAGUGUCGGCUUCCUGCCAAUAGUCAACGCUGAUGAACUGUACUAUGUGAUUGAACUUAUUUGCCUGUUGCUUUUCACCCCAUCGCCGCAAUCCGAAGCCUCAAUCUCCAUCAUCCCCGAUCAGGCCAGAUCGUCGCAUGCGACGCUCCGAGACUCGGGCCAACCUACCAAAAGUCAUUUCUAUAGAGCUCCAUCGAACCCAAGAUGGCCCGCCAGAGUCGCAUCCUCACUUCCCUACUGGUUCUGGCAGGUGCCAGCUCAACUGUAGGGGCUAGCAAAAAGUCGUUCAGUGUCCAUGAUGACCUCCUAGCCUUCCCUCAGUUCCAGGUCCUUUUCCCCGACGAAUACAUCCUAGAACCCCAGGCUCGGAAGCUUCUUGAAGGCCACAGCAGUCUUUCCUCCUUCGAGAACUCACAAGAAGGAAUCUCGGGGCAGAAACGCUCGCAGGUCUAUCUCGGAUUGAACAACCAUGACUUCGACCAACAAGAUGAAUCUCCCGAUAGCCUCGACACUGGAGAUUAUACCCUAGAAGAGAUGAUUCUCGGGGACCAGCGAUACCUUUGCCAAAUACCGCAGGUGCAGCUUGACGAGCGGGUCAAUGGGACGGGGAACGACACAGCCGAAGCUGACGAGCAAAAGGAGCUGGCGCGGGCCACGGACCGUGGUCUGGAGCUACUGCGCGAGAUGGAAGGAAAGUGCAUGUACUAUAUCUCCGGCUGGUGGUCCUACUCGUUCUGCUACAAGGAGAAGGUCAAGCAAUUUCACGCUCUCCCGUCGGGCAGCGGGGUGCCCAAUUACCCACCCAUGGAGGAUCCCACGACGCAGUCAUUUGUUUUGGGCCGAUUCCCACUGGGUGGUGGGGAUGGUGCCGAGGAAGAGGAUGACUUCGCACAUACGGGAGAAUCUACGCACAAGAAGGCGACUGCUAGUACCACUGAUGUUGCGGAACUCCAAACUAAAGGCGGAUCCCGCUACCUCGUCCAGCGCCUGGAUGGUGGCACGCGAUGUGAUCUGACGGGACGACGUCGCAAGAUUGAGGUCCAGUUUCACUGUCAUCCCCAGUCGACAGACCGUAUCGGCUGGAUCAAGGAAACAGCUACCUGCUCAUACUUGAUGAUCAUCUACACGCCCCGGCUGUGCAACGAUGCCGUGUUCCUUCCACCCCAACAGGAUGAGAUUCACGAGAUUGAGUGCCGGCAGAUCCUCACGCCGGAUCAGGUAUCCGACUGGAAAGCGUUACGGGAGGCCCUCAUCGCCCAGGAGCACGCCGAGGAUGCCGGCCUGACGCAGGAGCCCUUCCCAGUUGUGGGUGACAUCGAAGUUGGGGCGCAGAGAUUAGUCGGUUCAGAAGGCAAGAAGAUUGAGAAAGGGCGAGUUGCGUCGGCGGGCGAAGAAAAGGUGGAUAUCGUGGCCAAGCGUGAGAAUGGACAAGUGUACCAAAGGACUCGCGAAGAGCUGCUGAAGUACGACAUUGACCCAGACAAGUUGGAGGAUCUGAAAAAAGGCGUGGACGAGAUGGCGGAAGGCAAGGACUGGAAGCUAGAAUUGAUCACAGUCAACGGCGAGCGUCACUUAAAUGUGCUUCUGGAGGAGCCCGAACAGGCGCAGGUGGAAGAUGAUCAAGGGCCCUCGGUACACGUGACCUCGUUUGGCCCCAGCGAUGAUCAGUAUAAGCUAGACAAGCCAGGCAAUGAGGGUGCAGACUCGAAGGCAGCAACCGCAGAGGGUGCUGCAGAAGAACCGUCCGAAAAGUCGGACGAGCCAGAGAAACGACCAUCGUCGGAGUCAGAUGCCUCCGAAACGGGGAGCGAGGAGGUAUUCAAAGACGAGUUGUGAUUGUCCAUCACAUUUUGUGGUUCCCGUCUGCUCAACAGACCUUUUCUGAUCAUUGUUUUCUUGUUCGUUAUGUUUUUUUUUCGCCUCCCAGCAGCACCUACGUGGUAACUAAUGCUGGUUGUACAGUUCUAGCCCUAUAUCCAUAGCCUCUUGCAUAGUUGAUAGCACCGAACGAAGGAUAAAUUU